AUGUCUCAAGAAUUUAAUAACUCUGGUGCUCAGACACCAGUCGAUGCCUCCAUCUUGGAGAAGGACAAGGAACAGCCAGAGCAUCUUGCUGCCUUGCCUGAAAAGUCCUUCAAGGACUACAUUGUCAUUUCCAUUUUCUGUUUCUUCGUUGCCUUUGGUGGUUUCGUCUUCGGUUUCGACACUGGUACCAUCUCUGGUUUCGUCAACAUGUCCGAUUUCGUCCAAAGAUUUGGUCAACUUAAUGCCGCUGGUAACUACUACUUGUCCAACGUUAGAGUUGGUUUGAUGAUCUCUAUUUUCAAUGUUGGUUGCGCUGUUGGUGGUAUCUUCCUUUGUAAGGUUGGUGACAUGUACGGUAGAAGAGUUGGUCUUAUGUUCUCGAUGGUGAUUUACGUUGUCGGUAUCAUUAUCCAAAUUUCUUCUCAAAGAGCUUGGUACCAAUUCUUUAUUGGUCGUCUUAUCGCUGGUUUGGCUGUCGGUACCGUUUCCGUCAUCUCUCCACUUUUCAUUUCCGAGGUCGCUCCUAAGCAAGUCAGAGGUACUUUGGUUGUCUGCUUCCAAUUGUGUAUUACUUUGGGUAUCUUCUUGGGUUACUGUACUACUUACGGUACUAAGAGAUACACCGACUCUAGACAAUGGAGAAUUCCUCUUGGUUUGUGUUUCGCUUGGGCUAUCAUUCUUGUUGUCGGUAUGUUGUCUAUGCCUGAAUCCCCAAGAUACUUGGUCGAGAAGAACAAGAUCGAUGAGGCCAGAAAGUCUAUUGCCCGUUCCAACAAGGUUUCCGAGGAUGACCCAGCUGUCAACACCGAGGUUCAACUUAUCCAGGCUGGUAUUGACAGAGAGGCUUUGGCUGGUAAUGCUUCUUGGAAAGAGCUUAUCACUGGUAAGCCAAAGAUCUUCAGAAGAGUUAUCAUGGGUAUUAUGCUUCAAUCUUUGCAACAAUUGACUGGUGACAACUACUUCUUCUACUACGGUACCACCAUUUUCCAAGCUGUCGGUUUGCGUGACUCUUUCCAAACCUCUAUCAUCUUGGGUAUUGUCAACUUUGCUUCCACCUUCGCUGGUAUUUGGGCCAUUGAGAAAUUGGGUAGAAGAUUGUGUCUUCUUACCGGUUCCGCCGCUAUGUUCGUCUGUUUCAUCAUCUACUCGCUUAUUGGUUCCCAACACUUGUACAAGAACGGUUACUCCAACGAGCCAGGUAACACUUACGAGGCUUCUGGUAAGGCUAUGAUCUUCAUCACCUGUCUUUACAUUUUCUUCUUCGCUUCUACCUGGGCCGGUGGUGUCUACUGUAUCAUUUCCGAGUCCUACCCAUUGAGAAUCAGAUCUAAGGCCAUGUCUGUUGCCACUGCUGCCAACUGGAUGUGGGGUUUCUUGAUCUCUUUCUUCACUCCAUUCAUCACCUCUGCCAUCCACUUCUACUACGGUUUCGUUUUCACUGGAUGUUUGUUGUUCUCCUUCUUCUACGUCUACUUCUUCGUCUCCGAGACCAAGGGUCUUUCUUUGGAGGAGGUCGAUGUCUUGUACGCUUCUGGUGUUGCUCCAUGGAAGUCUGACAAGUGGGUUCCACCAUCGGUCGACGAGAUGGCCCACACUUACGCUUUCCAAGAGAACAAGCCAGAGGGUGAGCACGUUUAG